GUCACUGUCACAGGCCGCAUCCACCCAAGCCCCGCCUCCGCCAAAAGGAAAACGCUGGCGAGAGCGCGUUCGGGUGUGGGUUGAUCGAAGGAAGCAGCCCGACCGACCGACCCCAACCCGCGAAUCCCGAAUCCCGAUCGAUCGGCCGGCGGCGCGGGAUGCCGGAGAAGGCGGUGGACGACGUCAUGGAGGCGGCGGUGGGGGCCCACUUCAGCGGCCUCCGCCUCGAGGCGCUCCGCCUCUCCUCCCCCUCCGCCCCCUCCUCCCCUUCCUCCGCCAAGGCCGCCACCGCCGCACACUCCAACGGCGCCGUCUACGCCAACGGGACUGUCGCCGCCGCCGCGGCCGAGCUCGCCUCUCCCUCCGCCGCCCGGCAGCCCUUCGUCAUCGGGGUUUCGGGAGGGACGGCGUCCGGUAAGACGACGGUUUGCGACAUGAUCAUCCAGCAGCUGCACGACCACCGCGUCGUGCUCGUCAAUCAGGAUUCAUUCUACCGUGGCCUAACUGCUGAAGAAUCUGCACGUGCCCAAGACUACAAUUUUGAUCACCCUGAUGCAUUUGACACCGAACAACUUCUCGAAUGCAUGGAACAGAUGAAACGUGCGCAACCAGUGAAUGUACCUAUAUAUGAUUUCAAGAAGCACCGACGGUGUUCUGAAACUUUUAGGAAGGUCAAUGCAUCAGAUGUCAUCAUUUUGGAGGGCAUUUUAGUCUUCCAUGAUCAGAGAGUUCGCAAUAUGAUGGAUAUGAAAAUUUUUGUGGACACAGAUGCUGAUAUUAGGCUUGCUCGACGAAUAAGGCGUGAUACAGUUGAAAGAGGUAGAGAUAUUAGCUCAGUGCUUGACCAGUAUGGGAGGUUUGUGAAGCCAGCAUUUGAUGAUUUUGUUCUGCCUUCAAAGAAGUAUGCUGAUGUGAUCAUACCACGAGGUGGUGAUAACCAUGUUGCAGUUGAUCUGAUUGUUCAACAUAUCCGUACAAAGCUUGGCCAGCAUGACUUGUGCAAAAUCUAUCCAAAUGUUCAUGUAGUUCAAUCAACUUUUCAGAUCCGUGGAAUGCAUACUCUGAUUCGUGAUAGGGACAUCACUACACCUGACUUUGUCUUUUAUUCUGAUCGGUUGAUCCGUUUGGUAGUUGAGCAUGGUCUGGGGUAUUUGCCAUUUACAGAAAAGCAGGUUAUUACUCCAACAGGAUCGGUUUAUAUGGGAGUCGACUUCUGCAAGAAGCUCUGUGGAGUGUCUAUUGUGCGGAGUGGUGAGAGUAUGGAGAACGCGUUGCGUGCUUGCUGUAAAGGAAUAAAAAUUGGGAAAAUUCUAAUACAUCGUGUUGGAGACAAUGGACAGCAGCUCAUAUAUCACAAACUCCCCAUGGAUAUUGCUGAACGACAUGUUCUACUUUUGGAUCCGGUGCUUGGUACAGGUAACUCAGCGAAUCAAGCUAUUGAUCUUCUUAUAAGAAAAGGUGUUCCGGAGGACCGAAUCAUUUUCCUCAAUCUCAUCUCGGCUCCUGAAGGGAUUCAGUGUGUUUGCAAGCGAUUUCCUUUGUUGAAGAUUGUAACGUCAGAGAUCGAUUCUGGGUUGAAUGAGGAAUUCAGGGUCAUUCCAGGACUGGGGGAGUAUGGUGAUCGCUACUUCGGCACAGACAAUUGAUCGCGCGUACCUCCCGCUGUUGACGGCUGUGCCAUAUCUCACUUAAUCCCUGGAGAGGGAUCGAUGAUAAAUUGGAAGUAACAUUUAUCUCACUUAAUCCCUGGAGAGGGAUCGUACAACCUUCGGCCGGAAGUUGGACCGAGGGGGAAUGUCGAGAGAAAUCGAUGUGAACGCAGAGAGCGUGGUGUACAUGUGUACACAUUUAGCCUUUUUCGAGGCAUUAGAAGCUUGUUCAGUACGUGAUCGAAGCUUGUCCAGUACCGUGCUGUUAUGAAGGUAUUUGUUUCUAUA